AUGUCCUCCGCUCGCCUCGUGUACGUGCUGUCCCCGGCCAAGACGCUGGACCUGUCGGCCUCCCGCAUCUCGCAAUGCUCCCAGCCACGACUGCUGUCCGACGCGCACGAAUUGAUCUCGCAGCUGCGCGCUCUGUCCCAAGCCAAGGUCAAGUCCCUAUUGGGAGUGAGCGACGCGCUGGCCAAGCUCAACUACGACCGCUUCCAGUCCUUCGACGUGUCCGAGACGGCCACGAAAGCCUCCGGCCCUCGCGAAACCCUGAAGCAGGCGGCGCUGGCCUUCAACGGGCCUGCGUACCAGGGUCUGGAGGCUCAUAACCUGUCUGAGUCGGACCUCGAGUACGCCCAGACCCAUCUCCGUGUCCUCUGCGGUCUGUAUGGAGUUCUGCGACCGCUAGACCUGAUCCAGCCCUAUCGACUGGAAAUGGGUCAGAAGUUCGCCAACAAGCGCGGGAAGGACCUGUACGAGUUCUGGGGGGACACAAUUGUGUCCGAGUUGGACGCUCUUUUCAGUGACGAGGAGGCCAAGGAGGACGAGAAGAAGCAGCGGGUGCUGGUCAAUGUGGCGUCGCAGGAAUACUUCAAGAGUCUGCCCCGUGACGCGCUGGACAAGGCUGGAAUCUCGGUGGUCGACUGCGUCUUCAAGGACGACGGCAAGAUCAAGUCGGUGUAUGCCAAGCGCGCGCGAGGACUCAUGUGUCGGUAUCUGAUCCAGAAGCGAGUGGACUCGCUGGAGGGGAUCACGGGCUUCGAUCUCGAAGGCUACAAGUACUCGAGUGCAGCUUCCAGUGACGACACUUUCGUGUUCACGCGCACGGCUGCAGAACAAAAGGCGGCACUGCAGCAGACGAAGGCAAAGGCGGCGACACCGGCAAAAGCAAAAGUGAAGGCCAGUCCGAAGACCAAGAGGAAGAAGAAGGAGCCGAAGCCUCAACUGCGUCGCUCCACGCGCAAGAAGCGCAAGACAGACUGA